CCAGAGAAGCAUCAAAAACAUCCAACGAGAAUUGCCCUUUGCUCUGCCUCGUCCAUCGCAUCCUCUUCAACACCAGGACGCUCUCGUUUUCUUUCAAUUGACGCUCUGUUCUGACUUAUAUCUUGACGCAGCGCCUCCCCGCGACUGCUAUACAUCUCCCUUGUCUUCCUCUCCCUAGAGCACUUCCACCAUGCGGUUACGCGGACCCCCCGGCGAUGCGGUAAUCCUAUCCAGCAUACUCUUCCCUCUUUUUGCAGCCGCCGCUGGGAAUAUAGACUGUGGUCGGGUAGUGGUUGACAAGCAGAGUUUCGACCUCAGAGAACUGGGUGGAGCUCGAUCAGUUGUGCACAGCGUGGACAAUGGCGUUUCUUAUACGAACACCACAUACACGAUCGAUGUUUGCAGACCGCUGGGGAAGGCAAAGCAUGUAAAACCGGAGGAUCAGUGUCCAAAUGGAACGCGACUUUGUGCCAUUGAGCGCGUGAUCAGCAAAGAUGGCGAAAGCGACACUCUCGGAAAAGUAUAUCCUAUCGCAGGGGAGCUGGUUGAGAAGGGAGGUUCAAAUAUGGAUGCGAAGUGGGCGCUUCUCCAAAACUCGAAAUCGAACGAGGAUUCCACGAAAGAGGGUCUGAUCCUUGAAAUAAAUGGGGGAUUCAAGAAAGGCGAGGAUGGGGGGAAGAAACGCCCGCAGAAAGCAAUUAUUGAGUUCCUCUGUGAUAAGUCGCGGACGGGGUUAGAGAACCUUCCGAACCCAGAGGAUCAAUACGAUGAGGUGGAGAAACGAGAAGAGGGCGAGGCGGAAAACGACGGAACACCGAGUCUUGAGUAUGUACGAUAUGAUACUGAUGGAAAGGAUGCGGACGUUCUGCGCCUGAGAUGGAGAACGAAGUACGCUUGCGAGAGCGACACCCCCCCUGGAGCGCAUUGGGGAUUCCUCACUUGGUUCAUCAUUAUCGCAUUCAUGUCGAUAGCGACCUACCUUAUCUUCGGUUCGUGGCUCAACUACAACCGUUACGGUGCUCGGGGCUGGGAUCUCCUCCCUCACGGCGACACGAUUCGCGAUGUUCCAUACUUGAUGAAGGAUUGGUUUCGAAGGGUGCUGAACACUGUGCAAGGUAGUGGAACUCGAGGUGGCUAUGCGGCAGUUUAAGAUGUUAAAAUGUGAGGAGGAAUUCCUAUAUCUACCGUGACCAGAGGAAUGGGUGGACAGGAUUGUAUUGUUGGCUGAAAUCAACGCACGUGCCGUGGACUUUG